UCGAAACAAACGAUUUAAUAGACAGGCGAAUAGACAGACUUCCAGAACUUCCUUUGCCACGUCUGAGCCAACAGAAAUAAGCUCCAUUUCCCUCGUUGAACAAGCCCGAGGGAAGCGGUGGAGGAGAGAAAGAAAGACACUUUAAUUAAUUUACGGAGAGAAAAAAAAUCUAACAAAGAACUUUUCACUUUUGCCCUUCAAUUCACAUCAGCAUAGACAAACAGAAGUUGGCGUCAUUGUGUUAUCCGCUCCGUAGGCUGAUAAUGAACUGGUUUUGUGUUGAAAGAAAGCAGCGCUUUCUAUUCACCAAGAUGUUCAGAAGAAGGCAAAUUAAUAGGUUUUUGUUUAACAGGUUUAAAUUAAAUGUUGUUAGCAAUUUUUCUUCGAUAAUAAUAACAAUAUGCAUGUUGCAAUUUGAUGUUACAUCAUAUUCUCGUCUCAGAGCCACUCGUCUUUUUACCGGCAGGACUGCAUUUUCAUAGGGGUUUGAUUAAAACUCGAGUGGAAAUUCCAAUGAAUUUCGAUUUUUUAAAAAAGCAACUAGACUAUAUGAAGCAAUGUUGUUCGCUUUUUUUCAUUGUUGUAGCCUAAAUGUUGUUGUAAUGAGGUUCAGUGACCUGCGUGUUGCAGUAUAAAAUGAUGAACAGCCUACAAUACUAUCAGCUAAUCCACUUCUGUAUUCCCUCUCCUCCCAGGUCUGCCAUGCUGCGUACACUGUCCCUUUCUCUCCUCAUCUCUGUUUGGGCCCUGCUGGUGCUAGGGGUCUCCACUUCCUCUGGUCCACCACAGGAAGAGAACCCCACUUCCCCCAGCAGCCCCCCUCCUCCCCCUGGGGGAGACCCCACCUCCACCUGGGCCCUGCGUCUCUACCAGGCCCUGCACUCCUCAGGCUCCAAAUCCACCCCCCUGAACACUUUCUUCUCCCUCCUGCUCCUGGCCACCUCGCUGGGGGCUAUGGAUGGAGGGGCCGGGGGCUCCACAGCUAAGCCUCAGGACCUGCUCAAGACCCCAGAACCAUCCAAGGACCAGGGGACAUUGCUAGCCUUAGCCGGGGAUCUAAGGUCCCUCUACGGGGCCAAUGGGACCAGUUUCCUUCUGCAGAGCUUAUCUGCUGUGUUCACGACCAAACAAGGUGACCAGGUCAGUGAGGCCUUCUUGAAGGAGAACCAGGGCCGCUAUAGGCUGAAGCACCCGGCCCUGGGCCAGAAGGACCCUCAGACGCAGCUUCAUGCCUGGGCCAAUGGGAGCAUGGGUGGGGUGGAGGGGACACUGCUGGAGGGUGAGAUCCAGACCAACACUGGAGGCCUGAUUCUAGCACGACUAUGGGAGAAAGACUUCAAUGACGAGACGGCAGACAUACGCAGCCUCCUGGGGACCAAAUACACCAAGAAACAGCUGUCUACACUGGGCCUGACCGAAGCCUGGGACCAGAAGGCCGCUGAUUUCUCUGGGGCCUCCGGUGGCCUAGGGCCAUAGAAAUGGAAAGGGCUCCAUCUAGGGGCUGUCCUUCACUGGGCCUCCCUGGAGCUGGGCUCUGAGGCUGGGGAGGGAGCGACCGAGUUGGGGGACGAGAAGGUGGAGAAGCCCAAGCUGUUCUACGCCUACCACUGCUUCAUGGUCCUGGUGAGGGACAACACUACAGGGGCCCUGCUACUGAUGGGGGCCCUGGACCAGGCUUGGGGGCCCGCCCUGCAUGAUGAGCUGUAGUGGAACCUCCGGAGACUACAUGACAAUCAUUGGCCCCUCAGACUCAGAAUCUCUCUCUCUCUGCACUCACAGACACACAUGCUGUUGCAAUUGGGACUGACAAUUGGGACUGGACUAACUCUUUCUCUCUCGCUCUCUCUCACACUCUUUUUCUCUCUCUCUCUCUCUCUCUCUCUCUCUCUCUGUCUCUCCCUCUCGGCUCUCUCACUGACACACAUUCACAAAACCCAGCCAACUAUCAGACAGUGCGACAUUGUGUUUUGUAGGCUGACUGACUUGCCCAUUGAGACUGGCUCUGCCACUCACUGUGACACAUUAUCAGGCUGCGACUAGCUGGCUGUCACGUCUUUACACUGACGAAUAACACCCCCUCUUACGGCACACAUGAAUGAAAGUAAUGGACAGAAAUACUGAAAAUACUAAGUUAGAGGGACUGGUACACACACAGGCAGGCAGGCAGGCAGACAGACAGACAGACAGACAGACAGACAGACAGACAGA